AUGAAGCCGCCAACACCGGUGGCAACUCAAGAUCACGAACGACCAAUACCUCCCGAACCUAUACCACCGAAGCCGCCAGAGGCCUUUAAAGCAGAAGAGCCCCACAUAUUUGAAAAACCCACGUUUCUUCCCACGAAACCCAUUCCGCACUCCCCAAAAAUUUCACCCUCUUCGAUUCCAAUCCCUAAUCCAAGCGUAACAACCACAAAACAAGUAGAGUCCGGGUACCCAAAUUAUGGUGGUUAUCUGUACUCUAUACCAGGAUACUCAGCGUUCCAGCCCGUCAAUCAUUCAGGAAUGCCAGGAUAUCAUCCUGGUCUAGUUCAACAGAAUCAGACUCUUCCUCCGGAGCGCCAGAAUCCUGAUUUCCCACCCUUUUCAGAGCCACCUAUUGCUCCAUCUACAAAAGAACCUAUUGUAGAGGAAGAAAGUAUGGAUACAGAUGCACUGCUCAUGGUGACCGAUGAUGAGGAGUCACAGCAACCUCUACCUCAAACCGACUUUGAGGAACAUUUUACACCUGAAAUAAUAUCUACUAUACCAACUGUAAAAUCCCCUGAGGUUGCUAAACCUACAGAGUCAAAGAUGAGCAUCACAUCGUUGGCUCAAGGAUCAGGAGCAACAGUAACCAUACCAUCACCGAGUAAAGAAAUUAAAAAGAAAUCAGAAAGGUUCAGUUUGAAGACGAGUAUACCAAUAAGUAAGAUUGAUAUGAAGUGUGUGAGCAAUCCACCUGACUGUUUGUUUCAAAAUUCUUCAACAAAAAAGACAUUUACUAAAGAUCCACCGAGAGUUGAGAUACAGAGUAAUAUCGUUAUAAAAUCCGCUACAAAAGAGCCUGAAGCCAAAGAGUCACCGAAACCUGUUAUACCAGUAUCAAACAGCAACAUAAGUACUUUGAUUAAUGCAGCAGAGGCUAUAAAUAAAACAGAAAACCAAUUUCGUAUACCUGAAGUACCAAAAUCAGAGACAUCUUUAGAGUCUAAAAAUAGUGCAGCGCCUACAAAACCAUUAUUUAAUCCCAUGAAUAUAGAAACUAGUCAAGCAAACUUUACUAAAACAACAGACAGGGAACCAUAUAGCAGUGAUGCGAAAAAUCAAAUACUGUUUGUACAGAAUAAGAAUAAUAACAACACUCAGAGCCCAAAAAUGUUGCUGACGAUACAGCAGCAGAACCCGCAAGUGUUGUUACAACGAACAAAUUUUGAGUCAAAAAACUUGCAAGCUCCUUCACGACCGUCAAACCAAAACAAAAAGACCAAAGAAGACGUGAUAAAUGAAAGUGCGUCAUCAAAGGUAGUCGCGCUAAAAAGGUUACAUCAAGAAAAUUGUGACGAGAACGACUUUGAAAAUUUGAUAACAGAAAAUCAAAUUUACGGUAACAAGAUAGUCGUGAAGGAGAAAUCGCAAGGUACGCUGCAAGAGCAGGAUUUGAAGAACAAAAAAACGGUGACAGAAAAAGUUACAACGAGUGAGGCUAAGAAUGUGGUAUUGCAGCCUAAUUUUUUAUACUUAAGUAAUGUUCAAUUUCCUAACAUGAUGAUCGUCAAAAAUAACACGAAGGUUAAUCAGACUACGGAUAACAAUAAAGCAAGAUUUGCACAAAACGAGAACAAAAUUAUUAAUGAAACGAAUAAUUUUUUAGCAACUGCUGAGUUAAAUAUUGGAAGCACAUUAAAUAAAACCUUAAAAGGAAAUACACCUGCCAUAAACAAAGAAAUACAUGUUCUUAAAUCAAAUAAUAACGUAAUACAGACUGUACAAAACAAAACAAAAUCUGACAUUCCAAAACUUGAGAUGGUUACCAAAUUGGAUAAUAUAAUGGUAAGCACUUCUGAAAAUAUCCUAAUAAAAUCAGAAAUGUCGAAAUCAAAAUCAGAUAUAAUAAUUUCAAAACCUGACAUAGUAAUAACUAAGCCAGAAUUAGUUUUUCAAACAAAUCAGAAGGUCAUCGUGAACCCUCAAAUGGUAUAUCAAGUUCCGAUAUCAUCUAUUGUCGAAGCCGACAAAAUAAACCCACUAACAAUUAUGAAUAUAAGUUCAAAAGACUAUCCGAAAUUUAUUGCUCCUAAGCAGGAGUAUACGAAACCGUUUGAACAAGCAACGACUAACGAUAAGUUAUACAUAGCGUGCCCUUACCAAAUGGAUUCAAAAUUGCAACCAAAAAUUGUCAUUACAAAUCUAAAACCUAAAAUAAAUAAAUUAGAAGAAAUUAGCUCUUUAGAUAUUUAUGAAAAACGAAGACGUCUAAGACGUCUAAAAUAUCUUUCGAAUCGUGAAUCUAAUGCAACUAAGGAGGCAAAGACUGAGACUAAUUGUACUUCAGUUGUAACACAGUCGUUGAAAAAAGCAGAGAAAAGUGAUCUCCGCAACGCAAAUAUAAUAACUCCUGAUAAAAUGAAUAGAGAAAUUUAUAAAGAAUUUGCGAGUGCAAAAGGAAAACUGGCCGAGGCCAGCAGCUGCAGUGACUCGGACGACGGUGACGAACUAGAAUCUAAACUUUAUGAAAGUAUUAUUGAAGAGUACGGUGAUAGGGUAACAAUAGCUGAAAAUGAGAAGAGAAAAUGCGAUUUCUUAUCUAAUUUUAAGUUGGCUUCACCUGAAUACUAUAAAGAGAAAGAGUUGGAUCUUCAAGAAAGGAUGUUGCAACACGACAAAGUCCGUUCAGCAUACGCAGCAGUUGGUCGUCUUGAUGCCCUAUUGAACGUAUCCCGAGAAGAAAACACUGUCCAUCAACGACCAGAACCGAUCCGGGUCAAUGCCUGCAUAGUAGGAGAACAAAAUCUAACCAUGGCUCGGAAGAAAACUAUGUUCUUGUCACAUUUGAAGCUAACACAGACCACACAAAGACACAAAGAAGAGUACGAGAAAGCUUGGGAAGUAAUAUUAAAAGAAAGGCAACGUAGAAAUGUCACAGCCGAUAAAGUAUCACACAGUAAUAUCACCUGGCCAUCCAUUUACCUUCAAACGAAAGGGCAAUUAGAAAUAAUGACAGAAAUUAAACAAUCUGUUAAUGAAAACAACAAUCUCAUCAAAAAGAUGUUGGAUACAGUUCGCGAGAAGCAAGCCAAUGAAGAAAGUAUCAGCGUUUUGGCAGAGAAGAACUUCUCCGAAUUAAAUCGCCUAUCCAAAAUGGCGGACCAAAGUGUCAAAUUAGUCAGUGGUCAAAAUAAGGGCAAAAGAGAUUUGAACCCUGGUUUCGAUAGUGAAAACAUCCAAUUACAAGAUCUAAAAAUUGAACAACCAUUUCAGAACUACCCUAAGUUGAAAAUACCAAGUAUUUCUAAAAUUAUUUCGCUGAAGUCGACUCAGGAGUGCCGCAGCGGGAUGUCAACGCAAGCGACAUCUAUGGAUGAACCACAUAGUUCUGCUGCGGGUGUCACUGAGAUGUUCGUGGAGAUAAUCCCAGACUCUUGCAAAACCGUUGACAUGUGUUGCCAAGUUGAGGAGAACAUUUGGCCGGGCAUAGACAAAGUUGUUCAAAGUUAUAGAGAUUAUGAGGCGGCGCGCCGCCGAGAGAUUUCGGAAUUGCACCGUCGCAACACAACUCUGCGUGUAGAGGGCGCGCACAUCACACGAGCUGCAUCACGUGACUCUGACCGGGCCCGCGCUCUACUGGCCGAACGACAAAACCUCGCUAUGGAAGAAAACAACCUUCGGAUGUCGCUGCAGCGCCUCCGAGCUGCCAUUGACGAGGUCAAGAAUUAUACAGGCCUUCAUGAUUUUUGCUAA